CAUGUGUUUUACAGAGGGUGCCGAUCACCAUUUCCGUGAAAUCUCUCCUGUUUUGUCUUUUAUCAAUUUGUUAGGAUCGUGAUUGUCGAUGGAUUUUUGUUCUUAGUUAUUACACUGAGAGAUAAUCAAGCAAUCCCUACUGUCCUUAGUGAGUUUAAAUCAUGACUGCUAGAGAUUCAGUGUUCCCUUUCCUUUAGUUAUUGUUGCCGUGUCUUUCCCCCCAUUAUCCUGUUCCAGCAUCCCCUUCGUGAUUGCUGACAAGUGUCAAUUUUAGUGCUUCCAGCUCGUCAUGCCUCCCAAAGCUGCAAAAGCUGCGCCCAGCAAGAAAGCAGAUCAGAAGAAAAAGGAGAAAAUAAUUGAGGAUAAAACUUUUGGAUUAAAAAACAAGAAAGGUGCCAAGAACCAGAAAUUCAUCCAGCAGAUUGAGAAGCAAGUGAAAUCAGGAGGUGUCCCUGCAAGAAAAGCUGGGCAAGAGCCAGACAAGAACAAAAAGAAAGAGGAUAAGUUGAAAGAAUUAAAGGAACUUAAUCAACUGUUCAAACCUGUCCAAAAAGUUGAUAAAAAUGCAGAUCCGAAGACAAUUGUUUGCGCUUUCUUCAAGCAUGGUCAGUGUGCCAAAGGAAACAAGUGCAAGUUUUCUCAUGACUUGGCAAUGGAGCGUAAAGCAGAGAAGCGUAGUCUCUAUGUUGAUGGCCGUGACAAUGAUGAUAAAGGUGAAGACUCGAUGGAUAACUGGGAUGAGGCAAAAUUGAAGGAAGUUGUUGAGAAAAAACACGGUGAAUCAAAAACUCCGACAACAACAAUAAUUUGCAAAUUUUUCCUAGAAGCUGUUGAGAAAAGCAAAUAUGGUUGGUUUUGGACCUGUCCCAAUGGACCUAGCUGUAUUUAUCGUCAUGCUUUGCCUCCAGGAUUCGUCCUAAAGAAGGAUAAGAAGAAGGAUGAAAAGAAAGAAGAAAUAUCCCUAGAAGACCUGAUAGAAAGGGAACGAGAAGCAUUAGCGUCCAAGAACUUUACUAAAGUGACACUAGAAACCUUUUUAGCUUGGAAGAAGCGGAAACUCAAAGAGAAGAAGGAUUCAGCAUUGAAGAGUGAGGAAAAGAAACGAUUAGAUUUCAAAGCUGGUAGACAAGCAGGGCUGUCUGGGCGUGAUAUGUUCUUAUUCAAUCCAGAACUUAUCCGAGGCGAUGAUUGUGAAGACGGUGAUGUUGCUUAUGAUACUUAUCAAAGAAAUGAGGAUGACGAUGAUAGCAGUGUUAAGUACCAUGAAAUUGAUCUAGAGAAUGUUGAAUUAGAAGAAGUGGAUGAUUCUGGUACUCAAGCUUCUAUAGAUAGGCUGAAACGGGAAGAAGAAGAAUCGCCAAAAUCUGAUGAUGAUGGUGCUGCUGCAGCUGUUCCAAUCGAUGAAGACCUCUUCCUAGAAGAUGAUGAAAAUGAUGUCGAUGAUGAUGACCUGGAUAAUAUAGAUGAAGAAUUAAAAGACCUAGGAAUUGAAUGAAACUCCCCUUGUGUCACAAACUCAGCAUAAAAUCUUAUUAUGUAACAAUUCUCUGUCUGUAAAUAAAUUUUAUUUCAUUUAAUGCA